CAAUAUCCAUGUGUGAAAAUGUACAGCUGCAGAUGUUAUAGCAGCUCUGCGUGGUUUAUACUGCAGAGUGAAGUCCUGCACUGCUUUGCCUUAAAACAGCUUUGCUCACUGAGGAAUUCAGUUUCAGUUCUGAUUGUCAGAGGGCUGGAGGCGCAGGGACACACUGUUCAGCCCACACUCUGUCUCAGGUUAUGUGAUCUCGUGCACUCACCUCAUGCGUGUCUGGCUUGAAUGCUGCGUAUGAGACCAGUAACGCUUCUGUGCUUGCAGAAGUGAGGAGCUGUUCUGCAGCACAUUAACACAUUUUAGGCACGAAGACUGGGUUUCAUUUUCAAAAAAACAGUAAGCAGGAGAGACAUCAGAGUCAGGUGGAGACUCUCUGUCUGUUGUUUGCACCUAUAUUUGUAUAUACAGCACCUAUAAAAGAGGGGAGCAGUGUAUGUAUUUGUCUUAUUUUAAGUGACUAAAAUUGUGAGUUUGUAAUAUUUAUAACACGGUAAAGAAUGUUUAUAAUCAGUGACAUGCAAAGAUCUGAAAAAUAUGAAGUAAGUGAAGUGGCAGACAAUGUCAUCAUUGCAUGCUCUCUGAUGAAGGGCUUACAUGGCUGGCAGACAAAUCUAAUUGAGAAUAGUUGAUGCUGUUGCCACCUAACAUCAGUAAAUAUUCACACUGCCGCCAUCUGCUUUGCAACAACUCAUGCAAAGAAGUUCACUAAUGAAACGCAGUUGGAAAUGCUUUAAAAAAUUUGCAUAUGCUGGCAGUUGCAGAUCACAACUUUAAGUACAUCAUUAGUUGCCUGUACCUGUAACAUGUCAGUCAGGUGACAGCUGGAUAAGAAAUACAGCUUACACUCUUAGCAGAUAUUUCAGAGUAUUUUGCUGAAAAGCGUAUUUCACUAGAAAAAGCAAACUAAACUAAAGUGUAGACCGGUUUGUUGAGUUAAGCAGCAUGUCACUGCUUACUCUACUCAGGUUAAAACUUCAUAAUGCCCGUGCACUUCUGAGUGAACCUAAAACACAGUCAGAACAUACAUUGGUCUGCUAUAAAAACAGUCCUCAGUCCUUUUCCUGUGCUGCAGUUGGUGUUUUGGGGGAGGGGCUAACUUUAUAUAUUUGGUCAUGUUCGUUGUGUGCAUAAUUGUCGCUUGCACCAGAUAGCAAUGUUUCCCACAGGUAGAGGACUGGUCAACCGCAAUUGGAGCGUAAGGUUGAGAGUUGAAGGGGCUGAAAAAGCACAGUUCAUUCUGGAUUAAGUAGUUCACAUAGGGGAGACUGUAUUACUUUGGCCCUACACACAGAGCCUGUAGUGCUGAAGUCUAGCAAUGAAUAAGAUUCCCUGGUUGCGGUGGAGGUGAGGAAGCAUGGGGUGGAAAUCUGAGGUGACGAGGCGAACGUGACGACAGCAUGGUCCAUGGUGGAGAAGCUCAAAAUGGAAAAACGCCCAUGCAGGGAAGAGAACAUUGACUCAAGUGAGGCCCAGCACGCCACUGAUGAGUCUGAGGAUGGAAGCAGCUCAGAAAGCGAAUCCGAGGAGCAACAACACCUGAAGGUUCAGGCGAACAGCAGCAGCUGUAAGAGGAGGGAGCCCUUGGCUGCUACAAAACCCCACCGCCAACUCUGUCGUUCUCCGUGCCUGGACCGGCCAAGUUUUUCCCAAAGUAGCACCGUGCAAGAUUUUCGUGAGGAAGACGCCGGUGCAGGAGCGGGGCUCAAGCAUGCCAGCGACAGGGAGUACCAGACAAAGAUGGAGUUUGCUUUGAAGCUGGGCUAUUCAGGAGAGCAGGUGCAGACAGUGCUCAACAAGUUGGGAGCUGCCGCUCUUAUUAACGAUGUGCUCGCUGAGUUAGUAAGGCUUGGAAAUAAAGUAGAGCCUGAAAGUCAACCUUCCAGCAGUACGGCCACAUCAGUGUCACGCUCCCCCUGUGUUAAAGAGACAGCGAGUCCAGAGGUGUCAUUGGAAGAGGAGUCUGUGGAUACAUAUGAUAACCUCAGGCCUAUCGUCAUCGAUGGUUCAAAUGUGGCAAUGAGCCAUGGAAACAAAGAGGUGUUCUCAUGCCGUGGUAUCCAGCUUGCUGUUGAAUGGUUCCUAGAGAAAGGACAUAAAGACAUCACUGUGUUUGUCCCAGCCUGGAGGAAGGAGCAGUCAAGGCCUGAUGCCCUCAUUACAGAUCAAGAAAUAUUACGCAAGCUGGAAAAAGAGAAGAUCCUGGUUUUCACCCCGUCUCGGAGGGUUCAAGGCCGAAGAGUGGUGUGCUAUGAUGAUCGCUUCAUAGUGAAGCUGGCUUAUGAUUCUGAUGGAAUUAUUGUGUCAAAUGACAACUAUAGGGACUUGCAAAACGAGAAGCCAGAGUGGAAGAAGUUCAUAGAGGAGCGUCUCCUAAUGUACUCAUUUGUCAAUGACAAGUUUAUGCCACCUGAUGAUCCACUGGGAAGACAUGGUCCAAGCUUAGAAAAUUUCCUUCGUAAGCGUCCUGUUGUUCCAGAGCACAAAAAACAACCCUGCCCCUAUGGGAAAAAGUGCACAUAUGGACACAAGUGCAAGUACUACCAUCCAGAGCGCGUCAACCAGCCGCAGCGGUCAGUGGCUGAUGAACUGCGGGCCUUUGCCAAAUUGUCUGCAGUGAAGACAAUGAGUGAGGGGGCUUUAGUGAAAUGCGGUAUUGGUCCAGCGACUGUAAAAGGGGACAACUCUGAGGCCAAACGUGUGGCACCCAAACGUCAGUCUGACCCCAGUAUUCGUUGUGAACCUCCAGAAACGCUGUCCAUUGUUAGGAAGUCUGAGACAAAUUCAGUGCCUUCCCUUGUGUCUGCUCUCAGUGUGCCCACCAUGCAGCCCGCCAAGAGCCAUGCAGCUGGGGCCUUGAAUACCCGAUCAGCCAGCAGCCCAGUGCCAGGUUCUUUGCAGUUCUCACACAGUUCUCUGGAGCACAUGUCUAGUGUACAGUACCCGCCCAUUUUGGUUACUAAUAGUCAUGGCGCCUCUGUUACAUACAGUGAACAGUUCCCAAAGUAUGAUUCAGUUAGUGACCAUGGGUAUUACUCACUGCACAGUGAUUUUUCAAACAUGAGCAUGAGCAGCAUGCAUAACGUCGACAGUUUCUGUAGCAUGGAGCACGAGCAUGGUGUGUAUCAGAGAAAUCCCAGCCACUGCCCUGAAUCCUGCCUCAGCCAUUCAAACAGCGACUCGUUCUCCUCCUACGGGGACCUGUACCCAAGCUCUGUGGACAGUAGCUUAGAGGAGACCAUGAAGGGGCAGCAGCAGUCUUCUGCUCAGGCUAGGAUGCAAGCUUUCUCCCAUGGGUUUCGGCAUGAAGCGCUGACUAGGGUACAGAGUUAUGGACCAGAGGAGCCCAAGCAGGGCCCCCGUAAGCAGUCUGGAGCUCACCUCGCACCACAUAUCCAGCAUGCUGCAGUGGGGGCCAGGUCCAGCUGCCCUGGAGACUAUCCCCUCACUCAGAAUGUCCUCCCACCUCUGUCCUCCCAGCCCACUCGGUCUCUUGGCAUGACUCGCAUGGACAGCAUAUCAGAUUCACGGCUAUAUGAUAGCAACCCAAUGAGACAGAGGCGACCUCCACUGUGCCGCGAGCAGCACGCAAGCUGGGACCCUCUGCCUUGUGGUAAUGAGUCCUACGGAUAUCACUCAUAUCCACUGAGUAACAGCUUGAUGCCCUGUUGCGAGCGGGUGAUGGUCCGCAGCAUGCCAGACAAAAUGGAACAAAUUUGGAACUCGCCGUGGGAGACCCCAUCUGCAGCUGAACACCAAGAGCGGUAUGUCAUCCCAGACCACCAGUAUCAAACAUAUCGGAACCUUUGUAACAUCUUUCCUGCUUACGUAGUCCACUCAGUGAUGGAGAAGAACCCUCAUUUGACAGACCCCCAACAACUCGCCGCCGUCAUUGUUACAAAACUGAGGUCGUGCCAUUGAGGCGUUAUUAAGCAUUCAAAAUUGAAGUGAUAAGGGAAAUAAGCAUUUUGGUCACAAAGAUAGGCACUUGUUAAAUGUUGCUGCAUCUGCAACAUCUGCCCUCAGGAGUUAAUCAUUUUUUAAAUGUCUCGCUGUCAGAUUUGACAUCAGUAAGAUGACAUAGAAGUAUUGAGCAUAGAUGAAGUUUGUCUGAUCAGUAGAAUUGUAAGAUGUUUCACAUAUGAAAGCUACUUUUUUAUAUGAAGUGUGGCGCAUAUGAUAUAAGGUAACAACCUACAUACAACACAUUCAUAAUACCUGAGCAGGAGCUGCAUAACAGCUUUGCACCAUAUCCACGAUUAACUGAACGCUUUAGUUUUAUCAAUCAAUCAAAUAGUUAAAUGUCCCUCAGCUUAAUGUAGAUUGUGUUUCUGAUGAAUUAAUUGGUCACACGUUAUUUCAUGUCAUCAUGAUCAACUGGUUAACCAUCAUAAUUUAAAUUUAAAGACUAAUCUAAUCCUAAUUUAAUGUAGCUAGCAAGUGUAUUAUUGAACCUUAUCAUUUCGUGAGUCAGUGUGAAUUACGUGGAUUAAUAAACGGGUCAGCCACACAGUUAAGAUAGGAAAAAGUUACACUCCCACAUUUGCCUUAUUAAAUUUGACAUCAGUGUAUGUCAACAUUUGUGCACCAUGUAGCUUUUAUGAAGAUCUUGUUCAGGUCAUGUGAAUGUGUUAUGAAAGUGGUGCAUCGGUACUAUAAAUAACCUUGCUUAGGUCUGCCUCUGCUGUAAAUAAUUUUUGUGACUUAUUUUGUGCUUUUUAUUUUAAAGAUAAGUAAGAGGGAGGUAAGUACAUACCUCAAAGCAUGAACUAUGACAUUUAAUGGCCUUAUAUCUGAAUGACCUCACGCUUUCGUCGUCGUCUGAUCGGUUUCAAUGAAAGUCUUUAGUCGUUGAAGCCUCCUUUCAAAUGUAAAGCACUAUCUCAGUAUCUAAAGAGAUAUAUUUUCUCAGCCUCACUUAACAAAGCUACUAUUUUGGUAGAAUUUGACAGUGCACAAAGCAAGCCAAAAAGGAGAUUUGACUUGUGUAUAUAUAUAUGUAUGUGCACAUAUCUAUGUACAUAUAAUCACACAAAAGCCAUUAUUUCAAAGUCAUUUAUAAGCUGCUAAAUAAUGCCAAAAAAAGAAUUUCUAUAGUUUCAGUAUUCUACAUAACUUCACACGAUCGACUGGAUUAUAGUAUAAACCUAACAUCUGUGUUUGGAUUAUUUCAUAUGGUGUACUGUACAGUUACCUUACUGAUUUUUAUUGGAUACUACGUCCUGGAUUUUCCUAUUUCUAUAUUAGUCAAACCUGUUGUGCUGAUUCUUUUCAAUGUGGAAAUAUUAGUAUCUUUGUUUCAAACACAGUAGCUCUAAUAAACUCCUUCAAGUUGUCAGCGGAGCAGUUUGUUUUCGGGAGCAGGCUAAUUUUGUUUCAAUGACUACUUUUACAUGCAUUUAAGUCGUCUGAUGAUUGCCAGCUUUAGUCAAUAACCCAAUUGCUGAUGCAUAAAUAAGAAACUUAGUCUAAGGCAUGAAGAGGAACUUGUUAACAGCUUUUCUGAUGGGAUUUAUACACUUCCUACUAGGUUGUCUUCUUAUGUGUGCUAAUGCACAUGAUAGAGACCCAGGACAGGGAAGGGAACCUUUGUCCAGGUUUAAUUCCCUGCAGUAUAAAGAGAUUCGAAAGUCCAGUCUUUGAGCAAACAUAUUAAUAUCACUAACAUACACUACAAUGUUAACCAUCAGGCUAGUUUGAUUAGUGAGUGUUCCAUCCAGAUGCACAGUAGGAAUUUGUUUAAUGUAAACACACAGCAACAAAACUAUCAAUGGGGCUGUGGCAUAUUUCUUAAAAUGCUUCAUAAAUAACUUACUGUAUUAGACGCACUUCAAAUAUGGCAAAAUGAAAUUUUGAGAGAAAAUGUGCUUUCUGACUAACUGCAUUUCAACUUUUUUGCAACAAUGUGCAUCUGUAAAAUGUCAUAAUAUAACCUCUCUGACAGCCAGUUAGUUUCUUAUGUGCAUGUGAAAGUAGUAAAACCUUGAUUUCACUGGGCUGCGAUGUGACUUGCCCAAGUUGUAGAAAUGUAUUAUCAGAGGCAAUGGGAACAGUGUUUACCAUCACAGUUUAACGGUUUGCACAAGUAAUUCUAUAACAGACUGAAUAUUUACCUGGUGUUGCGUUUGUCAGAUGAAAUUAUAAAAAAAAUUGUAAAAAAAAAAUCUGCCUGUAACGAUCAGGCCUGUGAGCAAGUUCAGCAUUAGGCUCAUUUUGUGAUAUCUUGUAGAGUAUGAGGAUUAAUGUACAAAAAAAAUGAAGUGAAUGCUAGAAAGCAUGUUGAAGAUGAAAUAUAUUGUACUGUUUGGCUUUUUUAAGGGAGACGGAAGUGCUCAAAUGCAGAUGUAUAGUACGCAUACAUGCAGCCCGUCUACCAGGAUCAUGGAAGGGUUUGGCUGUGCCUUGCAGCACAUUGCUCUCAGGAUGCUUUCAGUUUUCUAAUUUUCAGUCUUUUCCUGCCAAAAGAGUCUGAUCUAGUAGUUAUAUAUUUUGUGAACCUUCUACAUGUAACAUGUAGUACCUUAAAGUAGUUAUGUACGGUUGAAAUGUGGAGAUAACAUUGCAAAACUUUGUACUUUUUCUGUAUAUCCUAGUUAUGCACCUUGAGUUUUGGAGCGGUGGGCUAAUAGGGUGGCUUUAUGUGAUGCAGCUUGAGUCAGAUGUAGUAAUGUUACUGUUCAUUAGGGUGCUACAGUAAGUAGCCCAAGACAAAAAUGGGUGAUAAAAAACAUCUUAACGACCAUUUGAUUUCCCCAUAGUUUCAUAAUACGCUGAUUGUUGAGUCAGUGAACUUGAUUGGAUCUUUAAAUUAGACCCAUGGGUGAGACAUUCAUGCUCAAAAGUCCUUGAUUUCAAUGAUCCAUGGCCUUUUUCUCCACUCUCACCCUCAGGACGAAGUGCUACAUGAAACAUGCAGCUUCAAAUGGCAGAAAGGUCGUACCAUGUAAAGCCAACCUUACAGUGAGAUCAUGCUUUGAGUGCAUUUAAAGGGAAAUGCCACUUAAUUUCAGUAUUUGGGCAUGGUACUCUGAGGCUUACUGUUGAAUUGCAUGACUGAGAAAUUUUACAGUAUACUAUCACACGCCUGUGAAAGAGAAGACAGUGAAAUAACAAAUAGAAAUGGGGGACAGUUUAUUCUUUUUUUGGUGUUUUAUUAUUUUAACAAAUAAUUAAAAACACAUGGUGGAAGAGCUCAAACACAAAGUUCACAAAGUUGUCUGUUUUGAUGACAUCAGACUUUGUGUUCGCCCUUUGCUUUAGGAAAGUGUUUGUGAUUAUUGUCUAAAAGAAACUGUAUGAGAAUUUUUAAACUGAGUGGUAUUACUCUUUAACAGGGCUAAUUAUGUGAGCCUGACUUUGUCUCGUUGGUGGUGCUUCAAAAAUCUAUAUUUCUUUAUAAUGUUUAGGUACAACCACAGUGUAUGAACAGACAUAAAGAAAAAAAAAACAUUUGAAUGUGUUUUGCCCAAAUGAAUUUUGGGCUUUGCUGACUUUGUUUUUUCAUGAAAAAUGACGAGGCCACUUUAGGCCGGCUGUCUGUUCAUGAGAAGGUGAAACAAACUGCCUAAAUGUUUCUUCAUGUGAAACAAUCAGAUUGCAAGGCUGCUGUCAAGGUUGUUUCUGGCAUUUGGCUAAAAGUUUGCGUGCCGUUCCUUUUUUUCCUUGAGGCAGUUGAACUGUCAGUCUCCAAAAAUUAGUGCAAAAAGUAGGCCAUCACUAAUAAAAGUCAAAACGUUACUCUGAUUGCUGAUUGAGAAAAAAACUCAGGAUCUCCUGUGUUUGUUAGUGAGAGUGAGAUCCUUCUUUAACUUGAACGCUGGAAUAGUCCAUUGCACUGAUGAACUCAGUAUGUUAUCUCAGAUUGAUGAAGCAAGUAGUACUCUUAUAGGACAUUGUGUUUUGUAUUCAGUGUGGGAAAUCUUAUAUCCACUAUCAACAUUACACACGUCAUCUGUGGCACUGCAGAUUUACAGUGCAUAAAAUCAAUGUGAAAUCAAUCAUUUAAACUCGGACAGAUCUCAUUACAUUGUCCUUAAAUCUACGUAGUUAGUGGUUUUAUGGAGAUCUGCAUACAUGAUUGAACUUUAAUGCUCACAAGCUGAUGUGUUACUAUUUCUGGUACAGUGCCCCAUGACUUGCUCUCUGCCAUUAGAUAAAGUGCUUCUCACGGACAACGUGGGUUUAACAAGCAUUAGAUCAGAUUCACAUUUAAAGCCCAGCGGCUAUUUCACACCUGACCAUAAUGUUGAAAAUGAUGGUAGCUGCCCCAAUCCAAAAGGUUAGACUCUGCUUUCACAAAUCCCAUCUGGACAUUUUGGACAUUUUCCACUUUUGAACAAAAAAGAAUGGAAGUGUAGCUGAUUUGGUCACUUAUGCAUUUCAUUUCAUUUUCUUUUAGAGAUAUUUCAAUUUUAACUACGUCCAGAAAGACACUGUUUUCACUGGGCCAUAGACUACUUUCAAGCCAGAAAUAAAACCUCCACAAUCACAUAAAAGACUUUCAAUGUACCAAUCCAGUAUUUUACUACUUAGCCAAAAGGUUACACUAGAGGCCAGAAGGUGGUUUACAGUCCCAACCCUCCCUUUGUAAGUGCCGCAAACAACUAAGCCACAAAUGUCUAGAAUUGACUUUUGCUUGUUGAUACAAAUUGUAUCUAUACCUUGAAUGUAACAAAAUAUGAAAUGUAUAAUAUGAAAAUAGUUUUAUUUAAAUAAAGGGGGAAAAAAUCAAUGCCAUAAUGUUUGUGACACUGUGUGUCACUGGGAGUAGCCCAUUGGUAUGUACUAAUUCUUACUGGGUACAGUAGUUAAUUUACAGGGACAUUAACGUGCUACCUAGAAGUGCACAGAUACCCUGUGUACAGCAGUAAGCAUCAUGUCCUCUCUGUACAUAGUCACACGUGUGUGUGUAUAUAUAGAAAGCGAUCUGUAAAUGUAACAGUAACAGUUACUUCAGUUGUUCAAAUACUUAGAUCAUUUCUGUGUUGUAACCUGUGCACCUUGGUUAAGUGCAUCUAUUUCCUCUGAAUUGACAUGUCUGCUUUAUGCUAUUUUAAUGAGAAUUUCAAUAUUUUCUAAUAUAUUUUUGCCUAACAAAACAUGCCAAAGCUAUUCUUGGGCGGCUUUGUCAAACAUAAUUUCUUGUGAUCCAACAUAUGGGUUGUCAUGCGGUGAAUUCUGUAUUUCAGAAGACAAAGGAUUUCUGCAACUAACACCAAACGCAAAUCUGGCUAACCUCACGGUUAAAAGCAUGAUAUUGAAAUUUCUGUUUGUUAUUGGUUGAUCUUUGGCGUCAGAUGACGUCUCCACAUGCUUAACUAAAGUAGCUUUACCUGGGCGGAUCAACCAGAGGCAGACAUCAUUUUCAGUUCACUGACUGGUGAAUUCAAUUUUUACUCAGAUUUGUGUUUGAUGUUAUUGAUUUUUCAAGAUAGAUUCUUUUUUAAAUGAAAGUUUACUGGAAUGUUUGGGAGUUGAUUUAGUGACUAACCCUGUAUGUUGGCAAAGCAGAGGUGUGUUGAAUAUUGAUUUCUUUUACUAUCAAAUGUUUCGCCCAUUGUGAUUUAAUAAUCUUGGUAUCUGAGGCCAGAUUGUUCAUUUCAAGCUGUCGUUUGAAAUGAACAUUCUGCAGCUAUCAGCUGGCCCUUUGGAAAUUAGACUAGUGCUAUUUUUAAGAUGUUCAAGACUAAUACUUUCAAUAUAAUAUUAACUUCAGUUCAGAAUUGGUUGUUAUUGGCUAAGAUCAAGACCAAAGGGAUUUUUGAUGUGUACACACUGUUAUGAUAGUGAUCAGUAACACACACAAAAAAGCAGUUAUGGUCAAAUAAUUGUGAACCUCUUGACUUUUUGCAGUUUGUUCUGCCAGAUGAUGUAAAAAUGGGAUUGUUGGUGCACAAAAUGCUAUGACAAGAGGUACACACGUGACUGUACAUAUAUACAGUGUAAUACUCAGGUUUAAACACACAAACAUUUUAAAUCUCAUACUUUGUUGUUUUCUAAUACUUAAAGAUGGAGUGGUGGUCACAUUUCUGAAGUGGUGUAGGUCACCUGUUUGACUAGGCCAUUGUGUCUGCAGUGUAAAAAGGGAAAAAUAAAGGUAUUUUUGUGUUGUGAUGAUCUGCAGUAUUGUAAUCCACACUGACUGGAAAGCAUCGCUUUUGUAGACCAAAAUAUACAAAAAUAGACUAUUUGGGUCUGUGGGCUCAAACAAAAUGUAAGUCUUAAUGACAAAAUGUGUUUCUCUCCAUAAAUAAAGCAGAAUUCUG